AUGGCCUUUCAAUUCGGUGAUGACACUUUUUAUCUCAUUAUGAAUGAGCCAGUCGAUCUCGAUGAAAAUUUGGAAACGGAUGAGGAAGAAUCGAGUUUCGAUUCGGAUGAAGACGAAGAAGAUGAGGACGAAAUCAUCGAGCGAAUUCUUCUACGACGAUUUCAGCAAAAUCGUUUCGAAAAUAUCAAUGGUUACGAGGCCGACUAUGAGUCGGAUGAAUCAGAAUUCGAAUACGACUCUUCUGAUGAUGAAUUCGAUUUCGACGACGACUUGGAAGAUUUCGAAAUCGAUUUCUAA